GUCAGCGUUGGUGUUCUCUGUCGGUCCCUCUGUUGUAGUUGUGUUUCAUCCCGUCGGUUAGUGUGGUGGCGCCGCUUGCUUGUUCGGCUGCAAGUGGACACCGAAGGGGGAAAAACAACGGAGUGUGAGCCGAGCGCAGAAGGAAGACAGCCGCCUCGGUCAAGAUGAGAAUCGUGCAGAUCGUCGCAUUAUGGGCGUGGGCGGUCGUGUGGGCGGGCGUGAGGGCGGACAUGUGCGACAGGAGGGACAGGAGGAACCUCAGGGGAUGGAAGGGGGACGUCGGGGACCUGCACUUCUUCCCCGGGGGGACGGCGAGGCUGCAGCUUCACCAUCGUGUGCGCCGAUUCCUCAGCUUCCCGACCGGAUCCGUGCUCACAGUCACUCCAAAGCUCACUAUCCCUUGGUACAGCGAGUUUAACGGCGAUAUAACCGGAAGUCAGCUGUACGCGUUCCCGAUCGAGCUCAACCUUCCCAACUCGACCCUCCGCUUCGCCACUCGAGACAGGCGUCCGGGGAACAUGUACGGCAGCGGCAUGAGCGGAGGGAGCAGCAGCAGCAGUAGCAGCAGCAGUAGUAGCAGUACCACUGGCAGCAGUAGCAGUAGCAGUGACACCACCACUAGGAGACCUGUUUUCGGCGGUCUCAACCUCAAUAGGUUUGAUGACAGUGACUAUGGUCAUAACAGUAUUUACGGCAGUGCUAACAGUGACGAGAGCGCGUACGGCUAUGCAGGGGCGUACGGCAGUACGUACCCCCACACUGGCAUGUACGGCAGUAUUUAUGCUCAUCCGUACGGCAGCGGGAGUCAUGCAUACGGCCAAGGCAGUGUAUACGGCGCCAGUGGCAGCGAUGCCUACGCCCAUGGGGAUCCAUACAGCAACGGGGACGGCAGUGCCUACGCCCAUGGCGCGCCCUACAGCAACAGUGACGGGAGUCCCUACGCUCACGGCGCUCACUAUAGCAACACCGAUGGCAGUGCCUACGCCUAUGGGGCUCCAUACAGCAACAGUGACAGCAGUACCUACGCUCACGGAGCGCCCUACAGCAACAGCGACGGCAGCGCCUCCGCCCACGGGUCUGCGAGCGAGAACGCGGGCGCACACGAAGAGGCUUCCCACGCCGUCUACAGCCGGUCAAUCGACGACCAGCGGACCACCGGUUUCACGUUCCUCAUGAAAAUCAUGGACAACCUGGGACUGGACGGGCGCACGUGCCUCCUGAGGGCGGUGUGCGAGGUCGCCGAGGAGCCCAUCGCCGACCUGGGGGUCACGGGAGAGGUCAUCAAUCUCUUCUUCAGCGCCGGCUUCGGGAGCGGCGAUGGCCAGCUGGCGGAGUUCGCGAGGGCGGAGGAGCGGGGGCGCCGGGAGGGGGGGUGCGGGCGCCUGUACCCCGCCUGCCCCCACCGCCUCAUGGAGCUCGUCACGGCCUCCAUGUCGUAUUUCCACCACGGCCUGGCGCACGUGGGCAAGGCCGGGGGCGCUUCCGAUAACUUGACCUAGGGCAUUCACACUCAGACAGAUCAACGUACACGUGCUUACACUCACGUACACAAGCUAGGGAAGAAAUACGCACAUACAUAAACUCACAUUCAAGCACACAAGCUAGGGGAGAAAUACGCACAUCCACAUACCCAGUCACACACGCAAGCUAGGGAAGAAAAACGCACUCACGAAAAUGUAAGCAAAGCACAAACAUACAAAACGCAAAAUACACAUACAUGUACACGUACGUAAGCACAGGAACACAUACAAAAAUUAAGAAACAGACAUACCCUUAUAAACACGUACAACUUAGGAUACACAUGCACGCUGUUAAAGACAUGCACUAUAUUUAUUCCGUAAGUUAUUUAAUAUUUAUUUUAUUUAUAUCAAUAUAUUGUUUUCAAUCUAUUUUUUGUUAUAAUGAUAUAUGUGAGAUGGCUUAGGGUGAUGAAUAUAUAUUUCUAUGAGUAACUAUCUUGUUGUAAAGAAUAUUUAUGAAGAAUAUUUACGAAGAUUAUUUAUAAAUGCAUAGAUGUAUAUAAUUGGUGUGGCUGAGAUUAUCCUGAAAACCAAAGAAUUGUUACUCCAGAUUAUGUAAUUAAAGAAUAAAAAAGAA